AUGGCUUCAAAAUCUAAAAGCUUUACCAUUCAGGUCGCUCUUGCGGUAGCAUUCCUUAGAGCCUAUGUUGUUUUAUGUGAUGACGCUGUGCCAAUUCCUGCUGACAAGCUCCAAUUAACCAAAUGGUUCAAUGACAAUGUGACGCCCUUAGGUAAAAGAAAGGCCACUCUAGAUUCUGCAUUAUUGACUGCAGAAGCAGGUGCUAAGGUUGUGAAGGUAAUGCAAGAUGGUAGUGGCCAAUUCAAGACCAUCACUGAUGCCAUUAACAGCAUACCUAGCGGGAAUACAAAGCGUGUGAUUGUGUACAUUGGAGCUGGAAAUUAUCAUGAAAAAAUCAAAAUUGAUAGGACAAAGCCUUUUGUCACCUUGUAUGGGGUACCAAAGAACAUGCCAAACCUGACCUAUGGUGGAACUGCACACCAAUAUGGCACUGUUGAUAGUGCUACAUUGAUCGUUGAAUCGGAUUACUUUGUAGCAGCUAAUAUCAUGAUCUCGAAUUCUGCACCAAGACCUGAUGGAAAGAGAACAGGAGCUCAGGCGGUUGCAUUGAGAAUUUCUGGUGAUAAAGCAGCGUUUUAUAAUUGCAAGAUGUUGGGUUUCCAAGACACUAUUUGUGAUGAUAGAAAUAAGCAUUUUUUCAAAGAUUGCUUUAUUCAAGGCACUGUGGAUUUUAUUUUUGGAAGUGGGAAAUCAUUAUAUUUGAACACUGAAUUGAGAGUCCUUGGCGAUAAUGGGAUAACGGUGAUAGUGGCACAAGCAAGAACAAGUAAUACAGAUGAUAUUGUUUAUUCUUUUGUACAUUGUGACGUUACCGGAACUGGGACUGGAACUUUCUUGGGUAGAGCAUGGAUGUCUCAUCCCAAAGUGAUCUUUGCUUAUACCACCAUGAGCAAAAUUGUGAAUAAAUUGGGGUGGAGUGAGAACAACCACCCUGAUUAUGCCAAAUCUGUAUAUUUUGGAGAGUAUCAGAAUAAGGGCCCUGGUGCUAACCCCAAUGGGCGUGCCAGUUUCACAAAGAAACUAACUAACGCAGAGGUCAAACCUUUCCUAACGCUUGGCAUGAUUCAAGGCUCCAAGUGGCUGCUCCCUCCUCCAAAUCCUUCACACUAA